AUGUCGAUUGUAUGCAGUGAUAAUGGGAUACCAAGUCUUACAUCCAGUUAUGUGAUUAAAGUUAUUGUACAAGAUUUAAAUGAUAAUCCACCAGUUUUUACAAAAGAUUAUCAUAAUUUUUUUGUUCAAGAGAAUAGUCCAAUCAAUACAUUGAUUAAUAAAGUAAUUGCAACUGAUGCAGACAGUGAAAAGAAUGCUGAAAUUAAAUAUCAACUUAGUCAAGAUGGUGAAGAAUACUUUACUAUUAAUCAAUUAGAUGGAACUAUUUAUACAAAAAUAAUAUUUGAUAGAGAAUUAAAACAAAAUUAUCGAUUUCAAGUCUAUGCCAAUGAUAAUGGUCAACCGAUUGCAUUAACAGCAACCACUACAAUUGAAGUGACUAUUGUUGAUGUUAAUGAUAAUACACCAAUGUUUGUCGGUUUAGAUCGAGAUAAUUGUUAUCAUUUCCGUAUAGCAGAAAAUCAACCACCGAAUACAUAUGUUGGUAUCCUACUUGGUACCGAUAAUGAUAUUGAUGAAAAUGCUCAAUUACAUUUUCGUUUACUUGGUACAACAUCUCAUUUUAGAUUGAAUAGUUCCACUGGAGAAAUAACAACUUUACAAUUAUUAGAUCGUGAAAAACAAGCAAAUUAUGAAUUAAUUAUUUUAUUAAUUGAUCAUGGUAAACCAUCACGUUCAGCAACAGCUAAAGUUCAUAUACAUGUAACUGAUACAAAUGAUCAUGAUCCAAUUGUUGUAUUUCCAGUUAAUGGUAAAGGUAAUAUUAGUGUAUCUUAUCGGGAACCACCAGGUGAAAUAGUAGCACGAAUCGAAGCACGUGAUCCCGAUGAAGGACAUAAUUCUUUAUUACAUUUCAAUUUAUAUUCUGGCAAUCAAGCUUCAGUCUUUCGUCUUGGUAGUACAUCAGCUGAAUUAAUAAUUGAUCGUGAAUUAACUAUACAAGAUAUUGGCUUAUAUCCAUUAGUAAUACAUAUACAAGACGCUGGUAUUCCAUCACGUACAACAGAAGUGAAACUAAUGGUUAAAAUAAUUGAUUCACCACCACGUAUAUAUUCGAAUCGAUUUACUAAUUUACAUCAUUCUACAAAUUUAUUAAAUAAUGAUAUUAAAUCAUUAAAUUUACAUCGUCGUUUCAAAGAUAAUCAAUAUUAUUCAUUAAUGAAUGAUCAUGAGAAAUUAAUGAAAACAAAUGAAUUUCAUAAUUAUGAUGAAAAUAAUCCAUUAAAUACUAGUUCUAUAUUAGUUGCUAUAGUUGCAUUAAGUUGUGCUAUCAUACUUGUAUUAUUAGGGAUUACUGUAUAUGUAUGCGGUCGACGAGGAUUUCAAAGUUUUCGUUAUCAUCAUAAUAAUAAUACUACCACUACUACUAAUAAUAAUAAUAAUAAUAGUAGUAGUAGUAGUAGAAAUGGUCGAAUGCAAUAUCUAUUACGUAAUCAUAAUUCAUUAAAUAAUAUCAAAUUAACUGAUGAUAAAUUUAAUUGGAAAAAUAUAUUAAAUUCAAAAUAUUAUACAAAUCAUAAUAAUAAUAAUAAUACAAUAUUAUAUCCUAAUAAAUCAAUAAUCAAUAAUCAAUAUCAUUCCAAUCAAUCGAUCUUAUUCAAUAAUGAAAAUAAUCCAUAUAUUGAUCAAUUUAGUAAUAUAUCCUUAAAAUCAAUAUUGAUUGAAGAAAAUAAUUCAUUAAAAAAUAAACAAAAAAAUCAUGAAAAUUAUACAACAUUUUUACCAUUCAUGAAUAUACAUCAUAUAGAAAUGAUCAAAAAACAUUACCAAUAA